AUGGGGGGACGUUUUCCUUUGGUCACUUUCGUCCCUGUCACCAUCUGGUUUUAUCGCCGUCGACCGUCCGAGAUUUCAAACAAAAGCGAUGCCGCAAGCGAUUCUCGAGAAGGGGCGUCACAGGAAGCUGCCAUACUCCCGUCAUUCACGACCAGCAAGGCGACGGGCUUUUGCUACGAACGGAACACACGCGUACUCGUGGCGUGCACGCCUUCCGACACUUGCGGCGAGGCUCGGCCCACCAGGCAUUAUGCCGGCAAUGCCUGCUACACCUACACACAGUACAGCUCGACUUGCCGCGACGACUCAAGGCUCGAUCGAUGGUGUCGUAACGUAGCACACGUGAGGCAUGGGGUCUUGCCGAAGAUGGCGAAGGCUCGGGCGGAGGAAGCACGAGGACAAAUGGCUGACGCAGGCUCGGGCGUGACUAUAUAUACAGUCUUUGAUAUGAGCGCAGCAACGCAUCUUGAGCUGCCCGUCUAG